AUGGUCCUUCUAGGACUCGGUCUCCUGAUCGCCUCAGUUUCUUUCUUAUAUUACAAACAUGCGCCUGCGGGAUGGUGGACGUUUCUCGAGAGAUUAAAUUUGCGAGCGGGGGGUAGUAUUCAGGAUGGCGAUCGCAAUCGAGAUAGAGAUGCAGAUGGGAAAGGGGAAGAAGGGAAAGAAGGGAAAGAUGGAAAAAAAGAAGAUUCGACACCGAGAAUUAUAGGAGUAGAGGGACAGGAAAAAGAAAAGGAAGACAAAGUAGAGAGAUCCUCAACAUCAUCACCACCAUCAAACACCACAACCAAUGCGCCCACCCAAAAAUCCACAACCGCAAACAAUGCGCCAACCUUCCAAAUCUCCGCCCCUUCUCAAACCCCCUCAAUGCAACCACCCUCUCCUCCGCCGAGCAAAGCAGCUCUCGACCGCGCCGCCAUGCCCCCACCCCCUCCUCUCUUCAAAAAAUCCACUCCAACCCCGAAACCCAAAACCAAAACCCCCUCAUCACCAACUACUCCCCGCGCGCACGCUUCUCAGCCUCCUCAACAAACCCCUAAUAUCCCCAUCUUUUCCCUCAAUGCUACCAAUUCUCCAUCCACAUUUCCAGAUCUAGAAUCCGAACCAGAAUCCGAACCAGAAAUCCCCUCUUUCCCCGCUGCCAACUCCGCACAACGCGCGUCGAAUACCGGAUCUCGAGUUCCUCCACGACUAAAUCCCCUUCCCGCUUUCAAAUCCACAUCCACGUCCACACCUGCAUCUCUCAGCACCCCCACCCGGGGCCCCCUCCCACUCCCCAACCGCUCACCCCUCCCCAACCGCAAUCCCUCCUCACUCGCGGCCCCCUCCCUCGCCCCCCCACCAACCCACACCUCCAUCCCCUCCAAACCGCGCAAAAAGGUUCUCCUCACCCCCAACCACUCCCCCCUCGACUGGGCCCGUCUCACCUCCUCCCCCAAUUCCAAUCUGCGCAAUCUCCCCCCUUCCACUCCUCUCCUGCGCGUUCCUCCCUCCCUCCUCAAACAAUUCACAGGCAGAAAAGGAAAAGAUGCGUGGACGGUGCUCGGAGGGAAGGUGUAUAAUAUUACGCCCUAUCUCCCUUAUCACCCAGGAGGCGAACCAGAAUUACUGAAGUGUGCGGGAAGAGAUGGGACGAGAUUGUUUGGGGAGGUGCAUCCGUGGGUGAAUUGGGAGGGGAUGUUGGAGGCGUGUUUGGUGGGGAUUAGUGUUGGGGAGGAGGAGUUUGAGGGGGUGGGCGGGUUGGAGGAUAUGGAUUAG